UUCUCAGCGAUCCCAUUACGCACUUAAAAUCUAGGCAAUAAAACCUAAUUCUCUGUUGUCAUAGCAUGUUCCACAACUGUAUGUCUCACCCAGAAUUGCGUUCGACAUUGAUUUAUUUUAUAAUCGAUCUUUUCCCGUAAUUCAGAGAAAGACUAGACGUUCAGAUCCCGGGGGAGAUUUGGCGUGUUGUUCCGCUCGCUGUCGGCUCCAAGCCAAGGCAGGAGAUGAGAGGGCCACUUGAACGGGCGCGCUGGCUGGACGCGUUACCGUCACGGCGCUGGCUGGACGCGUUACCGUCACGGCGCUGGCGACACAUACGCGUUCACGAUGGACACGAGACCUCGCGGUCGCUUCGCCGCCUGCUUGCUGCUUCUCGGUGUCUUGUGGUGUCGGUUCAGUCACGGUUCUCCCUCCUUCGUCCUCCCGUUUACGCGCUGUAUUCAGAGCAAAGGCAAGGUUGGCUUUUACCAGGGGUCCAUUGACGUUACUGAAUCUGGAGUAACAUGCAUGAACUGGAGUGAAGUGACCGGUAUAACGGACCGGUAUCCGGGGAAAGGACUUGGGGAGCACAAUUUCUGCCGUAACCCGGACGGGAGGAUUCGGCCCUGGUGUUUCUUUCGAAACAGCCGCGGACGCAUUGAUUGGGGAUACUGCGACUGCAAACAAGGCUCUGUGCGCCUGCAGGGAGGCAGGUCCAAGCUGGAUGGUACAGUAGAAGUGUAUAUGAAUGGGGUGUGGGGGACGAUCUGUAGCAAUGGCUGGGAUGACAGUGACGCAGCCGUGGUGUGUCGACAGCUAGGCCAAGCUUAUAAGGCCCGAGCGCGCGUGAGCGCCCUCUUGAGGCUCCCGUUGUCGGUAGUGCACUGGAGUACAGUAGGGUGCAGUGGGGAGGAAGGGGACUUGCUGCAGUGCCCUCGCACAGUUUGGAACGGAGGCGAGUGUGCCAACAGGCAGGCUGCUGCUGUCACCUGCACGCCAGUGGAGGCUGCAGCGUUCGUACCCGUGCGUCUUACUGGUGGGGCUACACCAUACGAAGGCCGUGUAGAAGUGUAUCAUGCGGGACAGUGGGGCACCGUGUGUGAUGACCAGUGGGACGACAGCGAUGCAGAGGUGGUCUGCAGACAGCUGGGACUGGGUGGCACAGCUAAAGCCUGGGUAGGGGCAUAUUUUGGUCCUGGAGUGGGCCAUGUGCUCCUGGACGAGGUGGGCUGUACUGGGAAUGAGCUCUCGAUAGAGCAGUGUCCCAAACACGGCUGGGGCCAACACAACUGCGCCCACACGGAGGAUGCUGGGGUGUCCUGCAUUCCCCUUAUAGAUGGCUCGGUGCGACUGGUGGGCGGAUCUAGAGGCUCCGAGGGAAGACUAGAGGUCCACUACAGGGGCCAAUGGGGCAGUGUGUGUGACAAAGGCUGGACAGACACAAACACACAAGUUGUGUGUAGACAGCUGGGCUACAGGUCAGGGAGGAGCCUGAGGGCAGAACCUUUCGGUACAGGGGCAGGGCCGACACUGCUGGACGCGGUGAGGUGCUCAGGGAAGGAACCGGCCCUCACACACUGCGCCAGGCAGGGGUGGAUCCGACACGCCUGCACACACGCCGAGGACGUGGCAAUCGCCUGCAGCCCCCAACGCACCAGACCUGGUCUGCCCAUUCGGUUGGUGGCCGGGGAGAACGAGAGGGAGGGGCGGGUCGAACUCUUCGUCGCUGGCCAAUGGGGGACCAUCUGUGACGAUGGUUGGACUGACCAGGAUGCAGAGGUGGUGUGCAGAGAGCUAGGCCACAGGGGUCUCGCCAAGGCCCGCGUCAUGGCGUAUUUCGGCGAAGGGGAGGGGCCUAUUCAUGCUGAUAACGUGAAAUGCACAGGUGGUGAGCGCUCAUUGGCUGACUGCAUCAAACAGCCAUUCGGAAUCCAUAACUGCCGCCACAGCGAGGACGCUGGCGUCAUUUGCAGCUACGUGCAAGAGGACGUUCCUGCUGGUGCCAGAGAGGUAAUGAGCUCUGUGUGUGGCCAGAGGCCUGCUCACACUCGCUGGAAAAGGAUCACUGGAGGAGAAAACUCUCUACGGGGGGGUUGGCCAUGGCAGGCUGCACUGAGGCUGCGUGGGUUUCAAGCCGAUGGAAGGUUGGUGUGUGGAGCCACUCUGAUCAGCAGUUGCUGGGUCCUUACCUCUGCCCACUGCUUUAAGAGGUAUGGUAACAGCACGGUGCUGUAUAAGGUGCGUGUGGGAGACUACCACGCUCUGGUCCCCGAGGAAGGUGAGCAGGAGUAUGCCGUGGACCGCAUCGUGAUGCACCCGCACUACCGGCCCCAUGGCAACGACUACGACCUAGCACUGGUGCGGCUGUUGGUGGGGGGUGGGGCCGACGGGCACCGUGGAGAUGGGUGCGUGCGCCUCAGUCGCUCAGUGCUACCCGUUUGCCUGCCCGGCCGCAGGGAGAGGGUUCCGAGGGCCAAAGCCAACUGUUACAUCACCGGCUGGGGAGACACAGGUCGUGCAUACUCUAAAACUCUGCAGCAGGCUUCCAUCACCAUCCUCAGCAAACGCCACUGUAAGCAUCGCUAUGCUGACCAAUUCACCGGUCGCAUGCUGUGCGCCGGCUCGGCCUUCGGCGACCGGCGCGUGGACAGCUGCCGUGGCGACAGUGGUGGCCCGCUGAUGUGCAAGCGGGAGAAUGGUACUUGGGUUGUGUACGGGGUCACAUCCUGGGGUCACUCCUGUCGACAGCAAAACUCCCCAGGUGUCUACACCAAAGUCUCUGCCUUUGUGCCCUGGAUCAAGAAGGUUACUGGCCAAUAGGGUGUGAGAACUGCAGGAUGAGCAUGAGAGAUAGCCAAUGAGAAGUAUUCUUAUUAUAGAAGAAUGACCAUAACUAAUUAGUCUGUCAGAAUAUCAAUGUGUGGCCAGAUAAGCCAGAUAAGUAUAUUAACAGACUUGAUUUAUGACAUUCUUACAUGCUUUAUAAUGAUACUACAUCUGUUAUAAAUACUUUUUGAAAAAUGGUACUUAUAACAUUGUUAUAACUUUGUAGCAUAGUGUUAAUAUCUGAUUUUACUCAGAUGUCUUAUUUUUGUUAAGACUUUCUUUGGAUUUAAUGCUUGCAAUCUUGGUUAUCUGGACCAAAAUCAUUAUGUAUAGUUUCAAACAACUGUGUGGAUUAAUCUGGAAUAAUUUCCAGCGUGUUUGAAAAAGAGAGAAGACGUGAACCUUUUUCUGCAUAUAGACAGUAAAUUCUCCUCUCAUGGGAUAUGGUCGCUAUGCGGUUGCUAAGGAAUGGAUGACGCUGCUUUUCAGGAGCGUGCUCAGCGAAAUCAGAAAACCCUGCCCGGGAAAGAUGACCUAAUUUAUAGCUCAUGUGUUAUGAGCCCGGGACUGUAACGAAAAGUGGGGGGAAGUGUCAUGUACAUUGCUGAUGUCCCACCACUGGUACAUGCGUGUGCAGACACACGCAUGUACAGGAACGUGCGCGUACUGGCACAUAUAGUGACUCCAAAGGACUUGCCGGUUGCACAAGAUUCAGCGCCUACACAUUCUGGCCCACUGGACAAAGCAGAGUCCAUGACUGCAGUACUGUGGCUAUGUGCUGCACACUUCUACGUUUUUGCAGAUUUCUGCCUCCAGGACUGAUUUUCAGAUGACUUUUCUCUACCUUUAUUUUCUAGCCAAAUAACUCAGUAUCAACUUAUUGUAAACUUAUCAACUAAAUAUCUCAGUCCCCGAUCAUCUGAUGCGAACACAUCGAAUCAUAAGGUGCUGCCCCCUUAUUAUCCUGGUAAUACCCGUUCAGGUCCUCGGAUUAAGUACUGUCCAGCUGUCACGCAUGCAUACUGAGCAAAUGCAGGUCUGUUGGCAUUCAGGUCCAGCUCUUUAACAUUGUGUCCAGUGCAUAAACAUGCAGUAUCCUGCCAUAAAUCCAAGUUGCACUCAGUUGCUGCUUUUCUCAAAUGACUUAAGGGAGUUUUUAAGUAUUAAAUUGUGCAGUAUGCAAUGAACUGAAAUAAGAAAAACACAAUUUAAGAGCUAAAGCAACUGAUUUCCUUAUGUCAUUUGAGUAUACCUGAAACUUUAGUAAAAUAGGGUAUAUUGGGAUAUUCUCAGUAAUAUAUUUUUAUACUGUUUUAAGCAAUGCCAGUAUUGAGCUCAAUGUUUAUUUUUUAAUGUACAGUGCUAACUUCUGCUUGUUGAUACCAUAUUGUCCAUCUUUUUACUGUAGUAAUAAGGAUCUUUAAUACCUCUUUAACCCAUUUUUAUGUUACUAUUAUAAUGUAUCUAUUUUGUGCAGGUUUACAAUGUUACAUAUGGUCAAGUUAAAACUGCCAAUUGUGUGGAUCUCAUCCUCACCACAGAAACGGUGAUAGCUCCACAUUCACUCGUGAUGUUUACAUAAGUUUUAACCUUCAGCCUAUAUAAUGUACAUUUAUAUUUAAAGUAAUCACCUGUGAACAAUGUUGAAGGAUGCCCAUUGCAUAAUGUCAUAGUGGUUAUUGAAAUCUGGUUGUUGAAAUUUGUCAACCAGAUCCUUUCCUGUUCUUUUCCU